UUAAGCUUCUCUCUAGAUCUCUGAUAUUUAUAUUUUCAUACUUAGCAUUCCUGAUCAAGCCAAACUAGAGUUUGAUCAACAGCUAGGUAAAUCAAUCAAGCCACUUAAUCGAAUAAUGAGCCGAGGUGGGAGCUCUGGAGACAAUGAGACUCCAAAAAGUGUCCCACCGGCUGCCCCAAAGCCUACACCACCGUACGGUGUAGAUUUCACCGACGGUGACAACAAAUCUGACCAAAAGCCUACGUUGUCUGAAAACAACAACUACCCCAGAGCUCAGGGCCAAAACUCUGGCAACUUCGUCACAGCUCGUCCAACGACGAAGGUUAAAUCGGUUCCUGGUGGAGGUUCAUCGCUUGGAUACUUAUUCGGAGAUAAAUAAGGGAGUGCAAAUGAAUUUAUAAAACUAGGGUUUGUAUUGUGAUCUUGUGUGUAUUUUAUAUGUAGUAGUGAUCCCUGUCUAGAUCUCUACGUAUUUCUCAUUUAUUUGUGCGUACGGACGUGUGUUUUGAGUUUGCAGUUUAUUUUUUUCAAGAUGUGGAAUAAUUGAUUUUCUA